ACCUCGUCCCUUCGCCACCUGCAGUAAGCCAGCCUACUGGUGGACACCUCUGAGACCCUCCAUGAUCUGUGCCGGAUACGAGUCUCCAGACGAGCUCAAGUCAGCCUGCCAGGGUGACUCAGGUGGCCCAUUCGCCUGCCAACCCUCAGCCUCAGACCCMUGGGAGGUCCARGGCAUCGUCAGCUUCGGCGCCUUCGGCUGUGUCAAGGACAAGAAACCCUCUGUGUUCACCAGAGUGUCCUCUUUCAAUGACUGGAUCGAUGAUAACAUGAAGAGGUUCAUCUAUGAGAAGUCGCUAGACUAAGGCGAAAUCACUGAUCUCAGAACUGUUGGGGGAUGUUGAUUUAGAUGGUAGAUGGUUGAUGGA